AUGUCCAACAGCCCGGCAUAUGCCACUCCCAAGCUGCUCGACAAGAAAAAGCUAACGCUGAACGACAUCGACGUGUUUGAAUAUCACGAAGCAUUUGCAGGCCAACUCUUAGCUAACAUGAAGGCCAUGGACUCCGACUGGUUUUGUCAGACUCACAUGUCUAGAAAGAAGCUUGGGUUGUUGCCUGUUAAAAAGAUGAAUCUCUGGGGUGGGUCUCUGUCUAUUGGACAUCCGUUCGGAGCCACUGGCGUUCGUCUGGUGACAACAGCAGCUCAUCGACUACGAAAAGAAGACGGCAAGUUAGCACUCGCCGCUGCUUGUGCUGCUGGAGGACACGGACACGCCAUGUUGGUUGAACGUUAUUGAUGAUGAACUUUAGAGUCUAACUUUUUGUGCACUUUAUGUUUGAUAUUGUUUUUAAGUAUGUUUGGUUUGUGCUAUAUUACGGAUGUUUGUCACACUGGUGGUCUCUGUCGAUUG